AUGCCACACGAUACCAUUAUCCCCAGCCCACAUGACCAUUUCGAUGUUUUUCGACAAGUCGUCAUUGUUACUCCACCCGAUCCACGCAUCAGUGACUCACCAAAGCGGUGGCGCAUUAGAGCAACGUCUGAAGUGCAGCCUGGUCCUGGCUGCAAGCCCGGAUCCCCCGCUAGAUUCGACAUGGCACUGAUAAGUGAUGGUGUUCAGACGUCGAGUUUGCGGACAUUCGAAGGUGUGCGAGUUGCGCAGGUUCAUAUUAUAUUCACUCUGCCUCGUCAGUUUGGUACAUACUCCCGAGCGCUGGCUUACAUCGAGUGGUUCACGCCAUUUCGGGAGCCAGACCCCUCCUCUGGUCUGCGUCAAGUGUCACAUUCGACUCGUCAGCUGCAUCGGAAUGCAGUCGUGAUACAUGUUGAUGAAAUUGUUCGUCCGUGUCACCUUAUUCCAAAGAUGGGACCAUCUGUUGACCCCGGGUGGACGAGCACGAACAUCUAUGAGAUGGCAAAUGAUUUUUAUUUGAAUACUUUUAUUGACCUAGAGACAUUUUGUAUUUCCGCUGGUAGUGAUUAG